CCAAUCAAGGCUAUAGCUAUUGCCCCUCUUGACAGCACAGUUUCUGACUUUGGUGUGGCCAACACAGCACCCAACCCGCCAUACAAUACCCGUAGUGCACGAUUGACUUGGCUAUUGUAAAUCCAAGAAGAAAAAAAACACCGCCCACAUCGCCCUACCAAAUCCAUCAGUCAUACAAGAUGUCCGACCUGGACUCGUCAGAACUGGCCUUCUCACCUGAGAAGGCCACCCUGCCCGAGCGGCCCAAGACGCCGAAAACGCCCACCGGCCCACCACCGCGCACCGAUCCCCUCGCAUCCACCACCUCUUCCUCCUCGGACCCGGCAACGCGCGAAGAAGCCCUGCAGCGCGAGCUGCACGGCGUGCGGAACAUCAACGAGCUGCUCGAGGGCGUCAUCGGCACGCUGGAGCGCGCCAGGGGCAACAUGGGCACCGUCUCCCAGACCGUCAACACGGCGUCCACUCUGCUCAACACCUGGACGCGGAUCCUGAGCCAGACGGAGCACAACCAGAAGCUCAUCCUCAACCCGGACUGGAGGGGCGCGAGCGAGGACCUGCGGGAGGUCGAGAACGAGGAGAGGCUGCGGCAGGCGGCCGUGGAGCGCAGAGCCAUGGAGGAGGAGCGCAGGAAGUUUGAGGUCGAGAGGAAGCGCGCCGAGGAUGCUGCUAGGCGGGAGGCCGCGGCCAGUGGUGGGGCGUCGGGUUCGAGGGGGCCGGCGAGGGGGCCAGCUAGGGGAACGACAAGAGGGACGACGAGAGCUGUCGGCAGUACGAGAGGCACUACGAGGGGUACCAGUGGCGUGACGGGCGUCAGGGGCACCAGAGCAUCGACAAUGGCGAGAGGCAGCGGUGUUACGGGUGUCAGGGGAACGAGGGGAGGUGUGAGCGCGUAUGGUACCAGAAAGGCGGCAGAGAGCACAGAGGAGCCCUCGGCCAGCUUCGCUAGCUCUAGAAGCGCAAGCGGAAUUGGAAGGGGGCUCGGCGGCACCAGAGGCAGAGCAAGAGGUGCGAGAGGGACCUAACCAGAAGCAUCGCUUUGCAUAUGGCCAUGUGCAGGAGCGAGAAGAACGUUCCUUGGAAUUGUCAUUUCAAGUACGUGGAUAUAAUAUACCCUGUGAUAUACUCUGCAG